CACUGCGGCCGUCAAAAUCUUAUGAGGAAAUUAUCUUGAGCCAAGCAAGGGGUUUUCCACAGAGAUGCUUCCUGUUUUCAGUUUGCAGGAGCUGUUCGGGAUGGUGGGAGAGGAGGUGCUUGCCAUUUUCAUACCACUAGGAGUGAAAGCUUGCAGAUUUUUAAAGAUGUUGACUUUGACAGCGGCUUCCAUCACAACACAAGGAUCUUCACUGUGUGACUAAAGGGAAACUGAGGCAGCACUAUGGCAACUGACAGAGAACUUCUUCGUGUAAUCCAGGACUUAAAGAGUGCAGUCACUGAUUUAAACAAGAACUAUCGAGAACAGGGACUACCAGUGACAGAUGGUACUUGGGAGCUACAUCAGUUCUGUGCCCAGCUGGAGUUCCUGCUGCAGUAUGAUCUGAAAGAGAAGAAAAGCCUCUUUGGGCAGAGGAAGGAUUAUUGGGACUUUCUAUGCUGGGUCCUGACAAAGUUGCAUGGUGGUGUACAUGCAGGGGUGCAACACAUCACCUCCCUUGACAAGCUGAAAACAGCCGUGGGGAAGGGCCGUGCAUUCAUUCGCUAUUGCCUGGUCCAUCAGCAGCUGGCUGAGACAUUGCAGCUUUGCUUCUUGGAGCCAAAGGUCACCAGUGAGUGGUACUAUGUACGCAGCCCAUUCCUGAACCAAGAGCUGUGGCUGGACUUAUUGGGCUCUCUCUAUGAGCUAGAUGGCAUUACUUUCCAUUUGGCACUCUGCAGAGCAGACCUGGAUGCAUCAUGGCCUGUAGUCUUAGGGGUUUUACCACAAUACCCCAAGGAAGCUGCUGCACAAAGGCAGGUGCAGAAGACACAUACCUCCCAGGCUGGGAACUCAAAUAGAGAUCGUGAGAGCCAUCAAGAAGCCAACAAAGAUUGUGGGGAUCGACCAGGAAUAAUGGAACACUAUGCAAUUCAGUCUCCUGCUGAUAGCCUAUUUAGACCUGAGUUGAAACAUUCAAUGGAAAACUGGAUUGGGCUCUGGAGAAGCAGAAAGAACAGUCUACUGCAGAUGAGUUCUCUCCUAAAACUGAAUCCUUUCAUGGAAAGAAAUGCCCAGCGUUCAGGUUCUAUUGAAGAGAAACUGGUGGAAGUGCAAAGGGCGAAUAGUGACUUGCAGACGCAGAUGGAAAAGGAGGAACCAAAUAAUAUAUCUUCCAACCAAGAACUUGAUUCCCUGCUGCCAGAACUCUGCCUUUGUAGAAAGGCUGAGAGAUCACACCAGGGAACCACUGAAUGUGUCAGCCUGUGGAAACAGCAGGACUUGGGAAUAUUGAUGUGGGAGCUUGGGGCUUUGCAACAGAAAAUAUCCCUGCAACAAAAAGAGAACACAUGCAUAAGACAAGCCUUUUCUGAGGAAAAUGAGCCACUGAAAGAAGAGCUGGUAAAACUUAAAAGACAACACGGAGAGAAAAUGGAAGAGAAGGAAAAACAGCAGCAGGAGUUUGCCGAGACCAUAGGUUAUCUCCGAGAGGCAGAACGUAAGAUCGCUAAUCUGUCCAUUGAAUGCCAGGAGGCUUGGGCCAAGAAAAAAGCUGCUGAGAAGUCUCUAGAGGAGGCUCAACAACGGCUGAGUGCUCAGGAGGUAGAGAGAAGAAAGCACCUGGCAGACAUUGAGGCCCAAGAAUUGAGGCGACAGCAACUGACAUCUCGAUGUCAAGGACUGCAGGAGAAACUGAAGGUGUAUGAAGAGAGUCUGAAGAAAUGGGAAGCUGAAGCAGUGGCCCUACAAAGUCAACAUGGCCAACUGGAAACAACUGAGGAACAACCACAAGAGCUGACCUGUAUAGUAACAGAAAGGGAAGAAAAUUCAUCUAUAUUGGAGAAGGGUCUCCUAAGGGAGAAGUUAGCGAGAAGUCUUGGUGAAAUAGAGGUCCUUGAGAAGGAGAAGGAGACUCUUAUUGAAACUCUAGUCUCUCAGGAACAGAGUCUGGUGUUUUCAAAACUAGAAAUUCAGGAUCUUCGGAAAGAGCUAUCAGCAUCUCAAGAGCUUGUUGUCAACCUUCAGAAUUCUUUGAUGGAGCAGGAGAAGGUCCUGAGGAAUAGGGAAGACAUAGCUCAGAGCUUGCAGGGAGACCUAAAUUACCAAUUAGCUGAGCUACAGAAGGCCCUGGAGAAAAACACAACACUGAGAAGGGAGCUGGAGGAAAUAGCCAGCACGAACUCUCAACUAGAAGCACAAGUUAUCCAAAAGCAAGCCAGGUGGGAAAGAAAUUUGCAGGAACUUAGGAGCCAACAGGGAACUUUAGAAAAGGAGGUGACCAAGCUGCAAGACGAAAGACAGAAUCUCCUGGUCACACUACAACAAGCCCUGGAAAAAAAAGAGGCCUUGGAGAAGCAAGUUCGAAGUACUACUGCCACCAUGGAGACACGGACACAGGAGGCCACACAACUUAGAAAUGAACUGGAGAACCUGAUGACCACCAGUCAAACACUACAGAAAGCCUUGCAGGAAAAAAAUGAGAUUGUGGUCUCAGACCUAAAACAGGAGUGUCUGACGUUGUCAAACCAAGUAGAGCAACUGGAGCUUGAGAAAAUGCGAGCCAUUAACAUAGCAGAGACGCUAAGUAAAGAGCUGGAACAAUCCUGGGAGUUGUCAACAGAAGAAGUAGCUUCAGUCACUGUGCUCAAUGUACCAUUUGAGACCAGAGGAGAGGAAGUCAAGAGCAUAGCCAAGAAGGACACCAGUACUAAGUCCAGAAUGGACAUUCAUGAGAAGUGCCAGACUAGCCAUUUGGACAAAAUGAUGGAUGGUGUUCAGAAGGCAAAGCAAAUACUGGUGGCCAAGGAGAAAGAGGUGAAGUACCUCAAGCAGCAGCUGAGCCAGUCUCAACAGGACAAGCAACAAGAACAACGGUUGCUGAAGAAAAUCCAACAAGAAUUGCAGGAAAAAGAAAAGAAAUACCAAGGGGAGCUGUCAGAACAGAAGGAUUUAAUCUGCAGCAUGAAGGGAAGGCUGGUGGAGCUACUGCGGGAAAAGGAUGCCCUGUGGCAGAAGACUGAAGGCAUCGAUUCCCAUACUCAGAUCUCAGGGAUGUGUGCUCACUGCAAAAAGGAUUUCAGGCUCUUGUCAUGCCGAUACCAAUGCAGGUUAUGCCACAGUGCUGUGUGCCCUGCUUGUUCUGUGAACAGUGGACCUCGGGAGCGCUGCUGCCUUCUGUGCUACCAGAAGAAAAACAGCCAAGGCAACUGACAUCAGGUUUUAAAGAGCUGGCAUGUUCCCCCAUCUGUGAGUUAUCUAGGAAAGAGCCCCCACCCCAAGUGCCACCUGAGAAUGGAUGUGGCUUCCUUUGAAGCAGGCAUGAUUGUAGAUGAAUCAAGAGGACCAUCAUAGCAGUGAGGGAAGUGGCAGCGGUAAUGUCAGGGGGAUUGUAUCUAGUUGAUUGAGAUGCAUUCCUAGCUCAAUGUAACUGCUACAAGAUAUAUGUAACCAGCCUGCUGUCCUGGGACAUUCUUUCCUUGAUCUUUGCUUUAUGGUUUCACACGCUGAGUAGAUAACUAGGCUUUCCCCUGACACUUUGGUUUCACGGGAACUGGGAUUGUUUCUGUUGUCCUGUGGGAGCAGGUUGCCAGGAGGCUCUAUCUCUAUCUAUUGCUGACCUUGGGGCACCUUAGCUCUAAACUAACUCUCACAUUCUUUGUCAAAAUGGGAGGGGGAAUUAACAUUGGAAUAAAAUGGGUAGCAAAAGCCAGGUUCCCCAGAACUGGCUUUGCCCAGUUGAGUGCUUCAACGCCUAUCAAACACUGCUGAUCAACAAUACAGAGUCCGUUCAUUGCUUCAAGGUUCAAGACCUAACAGAUAACAAGGGACAAAUUAAAAAUUAAAUCAAAAUCAGGGAUGAUCCUUCUGAAUAUCAAGGACAUUUGAAUGCCAUUUCCACUCUUUCUCAGGCCAAAUGCUACUGGUUGAAUGUUUUUAGCUGACAUUUCUGUGAGCAAGGUUGGCUGGCUUCCAAUUGCAGUCCAAACCCACGGCCAUGCAAUUUGCUUUCAGUCCCUCUGGCUAACCAUUUCUCAGAACUCCUUUCAGAGAUACAAUGCACCGGGAAAACCACCAGUUGGCUAGGAAGAGGGUGUAUUUCCAUCCAGUUUAAAUUACAGAGAACAACUAGUCAGCCUUCUAAUCUGUGGGAGUUACUGGAGAUAUGUAUAUGCACUGCUCAGAAUAUGAACUUCCAGUUCAGAAUAUAAAUAGCACAUCAAUAAGAUGGCAAUUUCAUGAGAACAGUCCUGUUCUCUUCCAAGCAUGCUUAUCUGCAGCAGCCCUAGCAGGGAGGGAAAGAAAUUUUGCCAGUCAAAAUUUAGUUCCUCAGCUAGGCCAUGAAAUAUUUUUGUCUUACCUUAAAAGCCUUGCAUAAAGCUGGUGUGAACCUCAAGACCAUUUAGAAGAUUGUAGGGAUGAGGGAACAGUACUGACCAUUGUUCUACUACCAUUUUCUUAUUAUCAAGAACUGGGGAGGGCUAUUGUAAACUGGGCGUCAUAAUUGUACCAUCUAACUGCUAUGAAAAAUGAUGAUAUUGUUAUUUAUUGGAACGUUAUUUAUGAAAAUAAACAUGUGUGUGUGAAUGAAAA